GGGCCGUACCGGGACAGAAGAACAGUACAGUUUGUCCCACCGGUGUUUUAUUUAGCAGCAGAAGGUCGUCCGCGGCUGGGCUGAAUUUAACAACAACCUAAGCCUAAAUACUAGCCUAAAUACUUUAAGUUAGGAGCUCGUAGCGCGGAGUGAUGUGAGUAUUACUGAAAAGGCAGGGAAGCGCGGCCGUACGUCGCGCUUGUCGGGCUGUUAUGAAACCUUGUUAGCUACCGUUAGCAGGUGGCUAACUAACUGGCUAGCUGCGCUCGCAUAUAUCUGAGACGAAGCUUGAGUGAAAGUAGUCAACGAGCUAAAGCUACGUGUUCAUUUGUAUACCCGCACUGACGGCAGGGGGUUUUGGACGGGGACAUUGAGUCUCACUGACACGGGUCUUGGACCAGACCCCGGACCCAGCUUGUUAGACACCGGAUCCCUCUUCCUUGGACGGAGUGGCUGAUUUGAUGGCAGCCACGGCCGUUGCCCGGAGGUUACCCAUGGGUGUGCGGACAUUUAGUGAUUUUCUCCAGGUUGCCAGUGUGGGCUCCCCUCGUUCUUGUCGCGCGGUGGUAUCAAGAGGAUACCAGCGACAAACCAUCAGACACUUGUCGUCAUGUGGCAUUUUGAUGACAAGAACUCCCAAAGUACUUUGCCUUCACGACUGGGACACAAUGACAACCGUUCCCCAAAGUAGAAACUUCAUCAGCCUCACCAACAAGAGGAAGGAGUACUCCGAGCGUAGGAUACUUGGGUAUUCUAUGCAGGAGAUGUAUGAAGUUGUGGCCAAUGUUGAUGACUACAAGCACUUUGUACCGUGGUGUAAGAAGUCCCAGACCAUCAUGAAAAGAGCGGGUCACUCCAAAGCCCAGCUUGAAGUGGGAUUCCCACCAGUGGUGGAGAGAUACACGUCUAUGAUCACUAGCGUUAGGCCUCAUCUUGUAAAAGCGGUGUGUACAGAUGGAAAGCUGUUCAACCACCUGGAGACGAUAUGGCGCUUCAGUCCUGGUAUUCCCGGUUAUCCUCGCACCUGCACCGUAGACUUUUCGAUAUCCUUUGAGUUCCGCUCUUUGCUGCACUCCCAGUUAGCCACCAUGUUCUUCGACGAAGUCGUGAAGCAGAACGUCGCUGCGUUCGAGCGGCGAGCCGGCAAGCUUUACGGCCCAGAGACUCGUAUCCCGCGAGAGUUGAUGUUUCACGAGGUGCAUCAGACGUGAUCCAACCAGCUGUACGUCCUCAUCUGGCCUUAAACCACACCAACAUUUAUUCCCUUUACACACUCAAACCUGCAUGACGCUGUUUAGUUAGCUCCCACAUCAAGUCUCCACGUAGACGUCAGAGCAGCCCCCUCCUUGUGUUAAAUCUGUUCACUUUCUGUCUACCUCCAGUUCAGGGCGUCCUUAUUCAGCAGAAGGAGCCCCCACUGCUCUCGCCCUUUGGCAGUUACAAGCUGUAUUUAUGUAAACAACAGUAAAUCAUUACAACAUCAUGUUACCAGUGUUAGAGAGUUGACUAUUAUUUUUAUCAGACACCCUUUACUUUUUUUUUUUUUUUUUUUUUUAAUCAGGCACAGAAGCCCUUUGAGCCAGACUUUUUCUCAAGUCUUAGAGUUCACUGCGGCUCAAUGUGGCUCGUCCAUCUACCUGACACAUCAUCGAGUAAUCUACAGCACUGGGAACAGCUGAUUAUAUUAGGAAAGCACAUUCUAUGCCUUCACUUUUACCAUUUGCUUUUAUUUCAAAUACAAUUUUAAUAUAUUGUUUGACGCAAAGUAUUUUAUUUUGCUUUUUGUUGCAAAAUAUUUCAUUUCAUUUUUAAUUUAUUCAGGAGUGCACAUAUGCAAAUUUCUGUUGUUUUAUUGGGGUUCAAAUUAAAGGUGCCAUGGUUUGGAUCAUUGAGAAAAAUGAGAAAAAAAAAUGUAAUUUGUUCAGUAGCUGCGGCCUCAGUUGACUGAGGUUUGGAAAGUUCAGCUUUAACUUGGUUGUUGUGCUGUGAGGAUUGGUGUUUUUGUUUUUGUGACAUUUUUUCUUUUAAAAAUGCCUUAUUUUACAGCCCAGGACUGACAACUAUUAGCAGAUGAGGGGCAGCCACACUUUGCACAACCAAGAACUCGUAAACAAAUCCAUGGAAAGACUGAUGUCAACUGAUCAUGCAAGAAAACUACAACUUAUAUUUGAUAUAUAAAUAUUUAUUUUAUACAUGCAUAAAGGUAAAGAUUAGAAAUUAAAAAUGGCAUUUCAUACAAUCAUACUGAUGCUGUUUUAGUUCCUAAAAAUAAAAUGCUGUGUAGUCAUCAACGAGAAUCUCAUUUGGUAUACGUGUGAUUUAACAAAUGUUGUAGAAGUAUUUUGCGGUCCAUCUUCUGAAGGGGAUCAGGAUGAUGAUACUCUACUCAUAUACAUUCUUAUUAUAAAAUAUACUGGUGGGCUGUAGAAUAAAACAUUACAGGCCAAUUCAUAGGUGUCAAGCUUAUUUGUGGGACUUCUGGCUUUUGUUUAUACAGAUUAGGAUGCAUGUUUCUAACAAAAGGCAAAUCUAGAAAUAUUUGCAGCAGGCGUGACUUAAAUUUUGUUUUCAUAUCGUAGCAGCCCUUCAAUUAUUCCUCGAUAAAGGGCUGAUAAAAGUUAAAAGAUUGAUUUGCCGUAUCGUGGCGGUGACCGAUAAGGACGGGUUGUCAAAGGUCAAUCAGUGAACGACCUUCCUGAUAAGAGGCAGUGACUCAAAUGAAGCUGAACUGUAAUUUUAAAGCUGUUUUAGUUAAAUUUCUGCAAGUAACGGGAUUUGGAAGUGAAAGGAUAUUUAAUCAACAGUGCAUGAGCAACGUGUAUUAAGGCUGAAUGUGUCUGUGAAUCGCCGAGUUUGAAAAGAGCAUCAGAUUUGCUAAAUGCCAUUUUUUUUGGAGUGAAAUUUUUAAGGCAUUAAAUAUAAAGUUUAUUCUGUACAAUCUAGGCUUGUGUGCACGUCGUCAUCAGCGUCGUCAUUGAAUUUUACUUGAAGUACAUCGCAAAGAGAUUCAGUUUCACCAUUGGUUUUGUUGUCGUAGGUGCCAACGCUCACUGGAAACUCAUCAAUGGAGGGCGGAAUAAACAGGAACCGUUUGAGGGGAAAAAAAUGUGUCAUAACCUGAGCUCUCCAUUCCCACAGUAUAUUUGAAGGGCGAUUUGGAUGUGUAUCAAAAAGUUGCAACCCGCUAUGUGUACGAGAAGACAUUUCUUUCACAAAGUUGCUACAAUAGAACAUAUGACCAUUAAUUUUUUUUUUUUUUUUUUUGCAGCCAAUCCCUUUCUAUGUUCCACGUGAAAUGUAUCUCUGUAAAUACAGUGGGUGUAUUCUGAAGUUUUAUUUAAAUAAAAGGGAGGUGUCACUCA